CAUCUAUACAAACGUCAUAUUUAAAUCCACCCGGUUGUUUACCGGGAUAUUUAAACCUUUCUCUGAUAAUAUUGACAAUAUUUAAUAGGUAUUAUUCGGCAUCAUUACUAGUGGCAGCUCUGACUAUAUAAGCAGGAUGAAUACAGAUUGUGGCCCAGGAUCCUACUCCGGCGAACUGGACUGCAGCAUCACCGUGGAGAUGCUGGCGCCAUCUGGCGAGGUGAGAAAGCGAGACGUUCAUCGGCAGGCGACGCUCGCGCUGCUGCGAAACGAGUUCAAGGACGUUUACCUGCAACUGAAGGUCAAAACCACGGAGAUUAAGUAUCGCCUCGGUGACGUCACGGUGCACAAGAGGUUCGCAAAGGACGGCAAGGCUUGCAUACGACUAGGAAACGCCGGCCGCCAGCUUCUUCUCUCGAACUGCCCGCCGGACAGACUCCUGCUGUUCCUCCGUUGCCUUUCCUCGAAACUGGAGGUCACGCGCCACGCGAAGGUAGUUCCGAUGAAGGAACGCCUCAAGUCGGAAAUGCCGAGAACGUUCCAGACCAUCAGUCCAUUGAGCAUGAAGGACCUGAACAUGGUGAACAGCCUGCGGACGAUGCAGGCAGAUUUAGCGCUGAAGGAAAAUAGAUUGCUAGGGAAUGGUGGUAGCCGAGGGGUGAAGCGCAAACAACCUGCCUCUUUGUCAAUCACUCCCAACAAGGGCACAUUAACAAAGAAGCCAUCACUGAUGAGAGCUCCCUCAGAACUUACAUCUGAACAAAGACAGGUUCUCUCAGCUGUGCUUAGUGGACGCAGCAUGUUCUUUACUGGUGGCGCUGGGACAGGCAAAUCCUUCCUACUGAGGAGAAUCAUUGGGGCACUACCUCCUGAACACACCUUCGCCUGUGCUAGUACCGGCAUAGCUGCAUGUCACAUCGGGGGCAUCACUCUUCACUCGUUUGCCGGAAUCGGAACAGGAUCGGCUGCUCUGGAGCAAUGUUUCGAGCUAGCACAGAGGCCAGGUGUGAUUAAACAAUGGCGCAAGUGCAAUCAUCUGAUCAUUGACGAAGUUUCCAUGGUGGAUGGAGACUACUUUGAGAAGCUGGAGAAGGUGGCUCGCGUGGCGAAGAAGAACUCUCAGCCAUUUGGCGGCAUCCAGCUCAUCUUAUGUGGUGACUUUCUACAGCUUCCCCCCAUUAGCAGGGGGACGGAGCGCAAGAGGUUUUGCUUUCAGGUACUUUGCGUAAGUUCGAGGCCACGGACAGUGACCCUAGCCUCAUGAAACACAUGGAUAAGAUGUGUCCUGUACCGCAACAGCUGCACCUCACCGAGGGAACGCAGGUGAUGCUAGCAAAGAACGUGGACGUGCCGUGCGGCCUGGUGAACGGAGCGAGAGGUGUCGUCACCGGGUUCGACAAGUCACGCGAUGGUCUGCCAAUAGUGAAGUUUCUCUGUGGAGUGGAGCAGUCGGUGAAGGCAGAGCGAUGGUCUUGUAAGGCUGGCGGUGGCUUCUUACUAACACGCAGGCAAAUACCACUGAAACUCGCAUGGGCCAUCUCUAUACACAAGAGUCAGGGCAUGACACUGGACUGCGUAGAAAUGUCUCUAUCACGUGUAUUCGAAAGCGGGCAGGCGUACGUUGCUCUUUCUCGUGCUAGCAGUAUGCAGGGUCUGCGAGUGCUUGACUUUGAACCCACGUGUGUGAGAGCCAACCCACAGGUUGUCCAGUUUUACCAAAAGUUGAGAAAAGAAAAACGUAUGAUGGCAAACAUGAUUGAUAGUGAGAACAAGGAGAAUAUACCUCCACACUAGUGUCACUCGGGACUGCGUUGCCUUGCCGACAACCAAACUGGUAUUCUAGGAAAUUUUGUACAAAGAAAUGUAUGUGCAUGCUAUGUAAUUAUUUCUAGUGUAUUUAGCAGUCACAUUGCAAUUAUGCACCUUUCCCUAUACUUUUCUUUUGUCGAUUAUUAUUCUGUGUAUAUUAGCUUACAACAAGACUCCUCAAAUUAUGUAAAUACCAACUAAUACAUUUGACGUGCCAUAUUUUUGGGUGGAACAGCAAUCUACAUUACCACUCUCAAAUGACAUGUCACCUGCCAUACUCAAUUGUUGUUUCAAUCUAGUUACAUGGCAGUUUGUAUUACAUGUUUUUAUAUCACCUCAUCUUUUCUUUGGACAAUGUUACGGCAUGCUGUAAUGAAUUUUGAUGGCUGUUUCAGUCUAUAUAUAUUGACCAGAUUAUUUAUGUAACAUUUUUACUGUGGAUAAGAAAUUUGGCUGUAUCACACAAUAUCUUAUAACCAAAGUUUUUCAUAUGAAAUAUAAUUUUUAUACUGAUAAAACGG